AUGACUGAACAGAUGGGCGUUAAUGAACAGGAUCCUUACGCUUUUGAUUAUAUCUUAGGGAGAGACUUGGGCGCAAUCAAGGGGAAUCAUACUUUACACCAUCCAUCGUCGCAGGCCCGCGAAUUCAAAUACCAGUACUACGAUGAUAGCUUCUCUUGCAAUGCCGAAAGACUUUUAGACCCCUCAAGCCGAUUGUCCGAAAGGUAUCCCCAAGUAAGUCAGGUUCUUCGAGAGCGUCUAGGGGUAGCGUUUGGCAAACGGAAUAACGAGGAAUUCUCGAGGUGUAAUUGCCGGGACGAUUCAGGUCAUAGGUGCGACAGCGAAGAGUUUCAAAAAUGCAACUCCACUUCAUAUGGGGAUUUCAUCCGUUUAAGUGCUGAGGGGCGGACGACUGCGAAAGCAGUAUGCCUUUGUCCGCACCUUAUCGAGCGAGUGCAGAUAUAUGGGUUCAUAGGCGCAGGAACAUUUGGUGCCACAUUUAUUGCUCGCGAGAAAGGCGCUGCUGGUGCUUCCCUGGAGGACCUUCAACAAUUCGCAAUCAAAUCUCAAAUCCACACAACACAAUGGAUGGACACAUUAUCGGGUGUGAAUGCUCAGAUGGGACCCUUCUAUGAGGCUAGUGGGGAGAAAAGAUAUAUGCCAGAAGAAGCACUUCUUCUGAUCUAUCUCGACGAUAGUCCAAGGUUCCCGCGGCUCAACUCGGUCUACACUCACGGAUCAAGUCAAAGGGGGCCAUACCACCGCGCAUCCGAAAGAGAUACCCCCCGUUUCCAUCUUUUGAUGGCAGCUAUCUUAUGUCCGCAGCCACCAAAGAACCUCAACUGGGGGAAAUAG